AUGAACUACAACGAUGUGACGUCGCAGUCAAUAAAUGAACUCCUUGCAGAAUGCUUCUGUUCUUUCCUUCUGCACUCAUCCGAUCCGCGCUUCCAAACCUCCAACGCGUCAUUGCGCGUGGCUCAAACAAGCACAUUCCACGCCAUGGCGACUGUGCCAAAAACCUUCUCGUACAUCGUGCUCCUGCAAUUUGCUUUAGGUACAUUAGCUACACAAGAUGAUCUGAAAUAUGUCAACCCCUUGAUCGGGUCAACAAAUGGUGGCAACGUCUUCGCAGGUGCAAGUCUGCCCUACGGCCUUGCAAAACCUGUUGCGGACGUUGAUGGCCAGAAUACAGGAGGCUUCUCAACGGAUGGAAGCAAUAUCACUGGUUUCUCACAUAUGCAUGACAGUGGUACUGGUGGGAAUCCAUCUAUGGGACAUUUCCCGUUGUUCCCUCAGUAUUGUGCCGACAACCUCGUGGACAAUUGCAAGUUUCCAAAGACCGCCCGCGCUGUUCAUUACAUGAAUGACUCGGUGGUUGCAAAGCCGGGUUAUUUUGCCUUGACGCUUGAAGGUGGUAUUCAAGCUGAAAUGACUGCUGCAAGACGCACUGCCUUGUAUCGGUUUUAUUUCCCUGAGUCGAAGCUGCCAGAUGGGAGUGAUCUUAAUCCGUUGAUCUCGUUGGAUCUGACUGAUCUGUGGGAUAGUCGGCAGAACGCUUCCAUCAGUAUCGAUGCUGAAAAUGGCCGAAUCAAGGGCAAUGGAACUUUCUUGCCGAGUUUCGGGGCUGGAUCAUACCAGACUCACUUCUGUGCUGAUUUCAGUGGCGAUGCUAUUGACGGUGGUAUUUGGGUUAAUGACCGAGCUGGAUCAGUGAAGGAACUAUUUGUCACUCGUGGCUUCAACAAUUUCUACCUUCAAGCCGGAGGCUACAUGACGUUUGAUCGGCCAAGUGACGGAGUCAUCAUGGUGAGAGUGGGUGUCAGCUUUAUGAGCACAGAUCAGGCUUGUCAGAAUGCCGCGAGUGAGGUAGCUGAUCCAGAUAGUGACUUUCAUGAUCUGCGCAAACAGGCAGAAGACGCCUGGAAAGAGAAACUCAGCCCUAUCAAGGUCACUCCUGGAGGUGUCAGUGACGACAUGUUGAGUAGCUUCUGGAGUGGCAUCUAUAGGACCAUGCUAUCACCUCAGGAUCUCACUGGCGAGAACCCAUUGUGGAAGAGUGAUGAGCCUUACUUUGACAGUUUCUACUGUUUGUGGGAUGCAUUCCGCGCACAGCAUCCUUUCUUGACAAUAAUUGAUCCUCAAGCACAGUCAAGAAUGGUUCAAAGCUUGCUCGAUACCUUUAAGCAUGAAGGAUGGCUCCCAGACUGCCGUAUGAGUCUCUGCAAAGGCUGGACGCAGGGUGGUUCCAAUGCCGAUAUUGUUCUGGCAGAUGCUUACGUCAAGAAUCUGACUGGAGUUGACUGGGAGCUCGCCUACAAGGCAAUGGUCAACGAUGCGGAAAACGAGCCACUCGAAUGGUCCUAUGAAGGACGAGGCGGUCUUCAAAGCUGGAAGCACCUCAAUUAUAUCCCAUACCUGGAUUUCGACUAUAUCGGCUUCGGUACCAAUUCACGGAGUAUUUCGCGGACCUUGGAGUAUGCCUAUAAUGACUACGGCGUAGCCGUUGUCGGAAAAGGUCUCGGCAAGAAAGACUACACGACAUACUUGUCCCGGUCUGGCAACUGGCAAAACUUGUACAAAAGUAACCAGACAUCUCUCCUGGAAAACGGAACAGAUACUGGCUUUACUGGCUUCUUCCAGCCCAGGUAUCUGAAUGGUACAUGGGGUUAUCAGGAUCCUAUUGCAUGCAGUGCUCUGGCAUCAUGGUGCUCACUCACUUCAAACCCUUCAGAAACCUUCGAGUCCAGUAUUUGGGAGUAUCUAUUGUGCGUCAACCCAUGGCACUCCCUCGCAAAGUUAUUGCUGACCCUUCAUAGCUUCGUCCCCCACGACAUGGCAAAAUUGAUCAGGUUGGUUGGCGGCCCAGACUCCUUCGUCUCACGGCUAGACUAUUUCCACACCUCUGGUCUGGCAGAUAUGGGCAACGAACCCGUCUUCCUAACAGUAUAUGACUACCACUAUGCCGGACGACCAGGUCUGUCUGCCAGCCGAGCUCAUGCCUAUAUCCCAUCCUCAUUCAACGCCACGCACAAUGGUUUGCCAGGCAAUGACGACUCUGGAGCCAUGGGCUCAUUCCUCGCAUGGAGUAUGAUGGGACUGUUCCCGAACCCCGGUCAAAACGUCUACCUCAUUAUUCCUCCAUUUUUUGAAGCCGUCGAAGUGACGCACCCGGAAACCAAUAGGACAUCAAUGAUUCGGAAUGUCAAUUUCGAUAAAUCUUAUAAGAACAUCUAUAUCCAGAGUGCCAAGCUCAAUGGAAAGUCCUAUACUAAGAGCUGGGUUCCACAUGAGUUUUUCAUGCAGGGUAUGACGCUGGAAUUGACGCUUGGUGAUAAGGAGAGUAGUUGGGGUACGCUCAAGGGGGAUUUACCGCCUAGUUUGAGUGACUCACUUGCUGGGGUUGAUGCUAAUGGCUUAUGA